AUGGAGGAGUGCAAGGCUGUGGCGAGUCCUGUGGAUGUCAGUUUUCGACUGAUGUCAAGCAGCACAGCGAGCAAGAUCGAUGUUCCAUUCCGUGAAGCUGUUGGUGCUUUGAUGCAUCUGACGACUGCAAAACGACCGGACAUUGCCUAUGCUGUGAGCUUUGUGUCGCGCUUCGUGGAGGUCCCCAAGAAGAACACUGGGUUGCGGUCAAGCGCAUCUUUCGCUACCUACAAGACACCAAGAUGCAUGGAAUGUGCUCCAAGCCAAGUGCAAGGAUCGACUUUCGUGGCUAUUCGGACGCAGACUGGGACGGCGACCUUACUGAUCGCAAGUCAACGUCUGGAUACGUCUUCAUGCUAUUGGGUGCUCCAGUGA